CGAAAUUGUUACUAUGCGAACACCGAAGCCCAGAAUAUAUGAGAAGUACAGCAAUUAGAAGCAACCGUGGCAAAUCAUAGUCGCGUUGAGGUAGUAGAGCAGACCGGCUUCGUGUACUUUAACACUUCGGAUCAUAAAGUGACGAAAAGGGAAUAUUUUGAGUAUCCCAGCGACUGUGAAUAUUCAAUCGAGGAACGCUCACCUGCUCUACAGUAUAAGUAUUACAACGGUAAAGGCAAGUGUUUUUUAACUAUGUAGCAUGUUGGACUGGACUUGGUCCUACUUUGGCGCUAUAAAAAUCACUGCAGUUGUCUAAUUUGCUCGGGCUUCAAGGAUUUACUUUUUCACUUUUCUUGGCUGAUGUGGAGUUGGAAGAAGUUAUUACACGUGGGCUAUUGAUUGUUGAAAGGAAAAAAAGUCAUUGAAAAUAUUUUCAAAUCUACCGGUACCCAAGCUUGCACGCUUCAUUCGCCGUAUCCCGUUUUCUAAGUGGGAUUGCAACGCGAAGGACACGGGCUACGAUGUCGGAGGUGGAUCUUGCGGCAGAGUGCCUCGUCUCCAUUUCUAACGGAGCAGCAGCCAGUCGCUGCCCCAGCAUGCUGCUGCACGAGGAUGCGGAUGCCAAGGACCCGCAGGAGCGCGGCACGCUGCUGAUGUUCGCCAGGAUUUUACUUGAGCUGAAAACUCACAAGCCACCGUCGCGCCUGUGUAGCUGCACCUCCGCCAAGUGCUCCUGUGGCAGCGAGGCGAGUAGAGCAGCGGAGCCGAGCGAGCUGCAUCGGAUAGGCAGCGACGCAGCUAGGAAUCAAAGACUGCUUGGAAUUAAGUCUCAUCGGGGCUGCACCGUGCGGUCGACCAGAGAAAAGAAUCACCGCUGUCCUUACCCGGGAUGCGACAAAGAGUACGGCAAAUCGUCCCACUUGAAAGCACACGUGAGAGUGCACACUGGUGAAAGACCCUUCCCAUGUAACUGGCCUCAGUGUUCCAGAAAGUUCUCACGCUCGGAUGAACUCACCAGGCACCUGCGCACCCACACCGGUGAAAAGAAAUUCAAGUGUCCUCUGUGUGAUAAACGUUUCAUGAGGAGUGACCACCUGACAAAACAUGCCCGCCGCCAUUCGGAUUUUGACCCACGUAUGCUUGAGAAAGCUAGCUGUCGGAAAAGGUCUUCUGCCUCCUCGUCUUCCUCAGAACCUGGGGAUUUCUGUAGUACCCCGCAAGAAGAGUGAUGCUUCAACAACAGGCUAAGGUUGGAGAGGCUUUCUGGAAAAAGUUCCACCUCGAUUCCUGGAUGAAACUGUGUAGUGCUGGACACUUCUUUUUUUUUUUUUUCUUUUCAUUUAAAUCUUGGCAGCAUAGACAUUCUUUUGACAUUUGUGGUGUUCAAAAUUUUGACCAAAACAAGGAUACAUUACAAAAAGCUAUCAGGGUAAUAGACGUUCAUGUUGUAUAAAAAGAUGACCCUGUCCGCUUCCAUGUACAGAGUGAUAAUUCAGGGAAAUGUUUCUUCAGGAAUAAUAAUGUACAGCACAGAUUAAACGACUAGUGUGACAGGCAGUUUAGAACUAUGCACCCUGCAUUCCUUCUCUUGAAAAAGCUGUGUUUGCAGUAUUAAGUAUGUUCGGACUGAUUCCACAGUUUGUUUGCACAAUUUGUACUCUUGAUGUGCAGUGCUUGCGCAUUCAAUUCCCAUAUUCCUAUACUUUUAUUUACUUACCUACUCUGACUGGGAAACUGUCUCAGCUUGAUUGUUUUAUUUGUGAAUUCUGUGAGGAAGAAUUACGUUGUACAUAAAAAAUAAUAACUAAAACAAAAGUAUUAAGUAUGCAGUAUCAGAGAAUACAGCAAACAACAAAGGCUUCCUUUGAAUUGUAUUGUCUUCUGCUAUGUGUCUGUCAUCUAGAUGACCACUUUGCUUGCACUAACUAUAUUUUUGUGUCACAGAAAUGGAAAAGCGCGCUUGCAGAUUAACUAUUCAGA